CCUGUGAGUCUCUUGAAAAACCUUUGUUGCGGUUCUGUUCUAGCUUCUGAGUUCUGACCACAUUGCCUGCCGCCAUACAAACAAAGCUUUGUUCGAAAACAAUCAAAAGAGUCUCUCUCUCUGCUUCAUUCAACUUGAGGAAGGCCUCUCAUCAGCUCAGAUGAGCCAAUCAAUGGAGAAACUGGAAUCAAGAUCCGGUUCCGAUGGUAUCAACAAAGCGUCUCAGAACAACGUCAUGUUCGUAGACACCAGCCUUGACACCCACUUGGCCUUACUCGUCUCGGAUUCCGACACUGUUUCCGAUCUCAAAAAGAAAAUUCUUUAUGAACAUCCACUGUGUUUUCCUAGCAUUGGGAAGAUACAAAUCCAUGCCUUAAAGGUAAAGCGCAAAGGAAACUUUUAUCACUUAUCAGAUACCAUGUUUGUAAAAAGUGCUUUUGAUGGGGUAAAAAAUAGUUGGUUUCUCUGUGUUGAUGCUUCUUGUUCAGUGGAGCAGGGCGAAAAUCAAAAUUCCUGUAUUCCUGCUUCUAACAACAUGUUAGCCUGUUUUGGCAUCAAGAAUAGUACUUCAUUUGAUAGGGUUAAUCUUCCUCAUGAAGGUCCUUUCAAAAGAGCAUCCAAUUUUGAUGAUUUAUCUCUGCCACCGGUUGGGAGCAACCAGAAUGCGAAAGAGAAGGUUCCUAUUUCUGACAAGUAUGGUUCAAGUGAUUCUGGUAAAGAAGUUUUAGAAGUAAAAGAUGGUCCAAUUCAUGGAUCUGGCAAAGAUGCAUCACAACAGGAUAUUAUAGUCCCAGAAAACUCUUUAAUUAAUGCAGGUAGAGAAGUUCCAUUCGAUAUGAGGAUGGGGAACAAAGAUAUUGCUGAUGAACCUUGCAGGAGCUCAUCUUCUAAUACUAGUAAGAGGUCAGUUUCUGAAAUAAAGAGGACUAAUAAUCUGAGCAAGGAGACUGAAGUUACAGAAAAACUUGAUAAUUGCGCACUUGACAAAUUUAAGAAUGACGUUGAUGUGCAAUGCAAUAAUUCAUUGGAAGAAACUUCAAAAUCCAGAUCUUAUGCAAAGAGAAAGCGUAAUAUUGAAAAGAAAAAUGGAUAUUGGGAUUCUUUAAAAGAAAUGAGACCUGUGACUUGUAAUUCUAAUAAAGCAAUCUCCAAGGCAGAGAGUGCAUCUCAGCACUCUGCAGGGGACAAACAGAAGACAAAUGCCAUCUUAGACAGUAUUUCUACUGAACCAGUGGAGGAUUCCCAUUUAUUGGAAACCAUUUCAAGCAGUGGGAAGAGUAAGAAAAGGCGAAAGAAAUCUUCAAAUCCUCUUAUUCAAUUAGCUUCUGCAGUUCCUGCUUCUGGGAAAGAUGUUGGAGAAGAGAAUUCUAGGGUCACUGUUGGAAUUAAUCACAAGGAUUCAAGUGGUGAACGUACUGCAGCAUCUGUUCCUAGACAAGAUGUCCAGGGUGGGACAACUUCUGAACUUUGUGGACUAUCUGUGGAGGAAAAGCAGAGCGAUCCAGUCCAUGAAGUGGGGGGAAAUGAUAAAUUAACCUCUUCAUUAGUGCACAAACAGAAGACAAACGCCACCCUAGACAGCUUAGCUUCUGAAACACUCAAGAAUGUAUUGCCGGCGACUGACUCAAGCAAUGGGAAAAAGAAAAGGAAAAAGAAAUCUUCAAAUCCUCUUAAUCGAGCAGUCACCUCUGUUCCUUCUUUUGAGAAAGAUGUUGAGGAAGAAAGUUCCAGGGUCACUGGGGGAAUUAACUGGAAGGAUUCAAGUAAAGAACCACAUGCAGCAUCUGUUCCUGGAAAGGGUGUUCAGGGUGUAAUGACUCACGAACUUUGUGGAAUCUACCAGAAGCAAAAGCAGUGUGAUUCCUUCCGUGAAGUGAGAGAAAAUGACAAAGUGUCCUCUUCACUAGAUCUUGACAUUUGUGAAACUGAGGCGGGCAGCGUGAAAAGCAAAAAUAAUGCAUCUAAAGAAGAAGCUGCAGUUGGAGUAGAAAGAAAUAGAAACUCGAAGGAUAGUCAUUUUGCCGAUCUGGAAGUCCAGCAAGCUGUUGGGGUCAAAGAGCUUAGUAAUCUUGAAAUCAACAUUGAGCUUUCCAGGCCUGAGAAUGGUGUCCUUAAUGAUGAUGACGAUUUUGAAACUAAUCAGAUUGAUAGAGUUGAAGAGGAAGGAGAAUCAUUACACGAUAGAGAUCCUAAAGGAGUGCUGUCAGAAAAGUUCAAACUGCCCGUUCGGGUUGAAACAGACAUGAAUGCUAAAGAAGUAAUUGCCACUUCUAAAUUUUUGGAUGGUACUGGACUUGUUGAGCAUAGGAAAUCUGGUAAGAAGGAAAGGAAGAAGAGAAGAGCUGAGGAUUCAGUUGGAGGAACACCAAUUAAAUCAGGUAUAGAGCUUGUUAAGAGUUCUGAAAAUGACAUAUCUUCGGCAGAGCCUCAUAAAACCAUAAAUGAUGAUCAUUCCAGUAACAAAGCUAAGAAAGAAGAAAACACAUUUUCUCAAACAAAGGGAAAUGGUGAUGACAAUUUUGAAACUGAUCAGACCGAUAGAGUUGAAGACGAAGGAGAAUCAUUACAUGAUAGAGAUCCUAAAGGAGUGCUGUUAGAAAAGUUCAAACCGCCCAUUCGGGUUGAAACAGACAUGAAUGCUAAAGAAGUAAUUGCCACUUCUAAAUUUUUGGAUGGUACUGGACUUGUUGAGCAUAGGAAAUCUGGUAAGAAGGAAAGGAAGAAGAGAAGAGCUGAGGAUUCAGUUGGAGGAACACCAGUUAAAUCAGGUAUAGAGCUUGUUAAGAGUUCUGAACGUGACAUAUCUUCGGCAGACCCUCAUAAAACCAUAAAUGGUGAUCAUUCCAGUAACAAAGCUAAGAAAGAAGAAAACAAGUUUUCUCAAACAAAGGGAAAUGAUGAUGACAAUUUUGAAACUGAUCAGACCGAUAGAGUUGAAGAGGAAGAAGAAUCAUUACAUGAUAGAGAUCCUAAAGGAGUGCUGUCAGAAAAGUUCAAACCGCCUGUUCAGGUUGAAACAGACAUGAAUGCUAAAGAAGUAAUUGCCACUUCUAAAUUUUUGGAUGGUACUGGACUUGUUGAGCAUAGGAAAUCUGGUAAGAAGGAAAGGAAGAAGAGAAGAGCUGAGGAUUCAGUUGGAGCAACACCAAUUAAAUCAGGUAUAGAGCUUGUUAAGAGUUCUGAACAUGACAUAUCUUUGGCAGAGCCUCAUAAAAACGUAAAUGGUGAUCAUUCCAAUAACAAAGCUAAGAAAGAAGAAAACACAUUUUUUCAAGCAAAGGGGAAGGAAAUAUCAAAAACAAAAACAGUUAGUACUUCUCUUUUGGCUACUGUUAGGGAAACUGGUGAUGUCAAUGGAGAUGAGAUGGAAUCCUUGGAGCAAAUCAGCAAAACUCAAGCAAAUGCAGAGAAUAUCGAUGAGAAAAUGAGAAAGAAAUCUAAGAAGAAACAAAAUUCUACUGCACAUAACCUUCUGGAUUUGCUAAGAAAAGAUCAGGAUGUUGGUCAUAAAGAUUCCGCUGAUAAUCGAAGGGAGGUGGAAGCUUCAUCUAAAAUGACAAAUGAGAAGCAAGGGGGUGGAGAAAAAUCGCAGGUUGGCAGCUAUAGCACCAUCAAACUUCAAGGAGAUGAGUGUGCUGAGCACAUGCUUCGCCCUAAAAAGAAGCUUGUAAAAGUUUCUAGAAGUGAGGAUUUAGUUGGAGGAACACCAAUUAAAUCAGGUAUAGAGCAUGGUAAAAGUUCUGAACAUGAAAUAUUUUCAGCAGAGCCUCUUAAAACUGUAAAUAGUGAUCAUUCUAGUGAGAUUUCUAAGAAAGAAGAAAGCAAAUUUUCUCAAACAGAGGGAAAGGAAGUAUCAAAAACAAACACAGUAAGUACUUCUCUUCUGGCUACUGGUCGGGAAGCUGGUGAUGUCCAUGGAGAUGAGGUGCAAUCCUUGCAGAAAAUCAGCAAAACUCAAAUAAACACAGAGAAUAUGGAUGAGAAAAUGAGAAAGAAAUCCAAGAAGAAACAAAAUUCUACUGCAAAGAACCUUUUGGAUUUGCAAACAAAAGCUCAAGAUGGUGGUCCUAAAGAUCCUACACCUUCAGCUGAUAAUCAAAGGGAGGUGGAAGCUUCAUGUAAAAUGACAAAUGAGAAGCAAGGGAGUGGAGGAAAAUCUCAAGCUGGCAACUCUAGCACAAUCCAACUGCAAGAAUCACUAUCAAAGGAUGAAUGUGCUGAGGACAUGCUUCACCCUGAAAAGAAGCUUCUAAAAGUUUCUAGAAGUGGGAUGAAAACUCCACGAUCCACUAAGUCGGAUAAGUUCACUUCCAUUCCUGAAGAUGUGAGAAGGCCCAGUGUAGUCAAAGAUUCCAACACCAGUAUCAAUUCAGAGAGAAAAAGUGAAGCAUUUGCCGUAUCAAAGUCUAACUUGGGAAAUUCUAAAAAUAUAGUUCACGAAAAUAAAUUGGGUAAUGAGAUUCAAUCAGGUCUUGCCUGGGGUGUUGGAAAAGCUUUUGUUAAUGACAUUGGGGAAGUUGUAAAUAACUCGGAACAAGACAAGAACUUGUUAGCUAAAUUAGGAGCAAUUUUUAAGGAUGAUAGUAGUGGGAGUUCUGAAGAUGAAGAUGGAAUGGUCAAUUCUGAUGCCAGCACCGCAACUCCAUCCGAUAAUUCAUUUUCAUCUGACUACUCUGAUGGGGAAAGCAAUGCAAAUCUGAACUCCCCACGAAAUGGAUCUUAUGACUCAAAAAGAAAGAAGGGUGAUCGAAGAAGCAUCACAAAAGCAUUCUCUUCAGGUGAAAAGAGUUUUACAUUAGAUACAGUCCUUAGAAGUUCCAGCAGAUACAAGAAGGCUAAACUAACAGCUUCUCAGUCACAGCAGGAGGACACUGAAAGCCAGCCUGUUGAUUUUGUUCCAGACAGUCAGGCUGACCUGUAAUUGCCCUCUUGAUUGGAUGUCGUUGGCUUCUGUUCUAUGUGUUCAAUUUUGUUGCAUAUUUUUCACUGUAGGCUGCGCAUGGCUCUAUAUACAAUUGAGAAAGAAUGGCAUUAGGCCAAGAAAAGAUCAAACAACGGCUCCCGCUUUUGUUGAAACAUAUUUUUGGUUUGAAAACACUUUCCAGAGGGCGUUUUUUGCUUUUUUGGUUAAACAUGUUUUGAGUGAUUAGCACAUGUUUUGUAUUUGAAGUUAUUUGGUAAUGUUUAGCAAAAAUGCUUCUCCAAA